AUGUCUCUGCCCGGCCACCUCCUGCCCGUCUUGGUCCUGCUCCUGGCAAGGUCCCCGGGCUGGGCCUGGGGCCCCAGCCGCUGCAGACCCCCCCGCGAGGCCGUGUGCAACUUUGUGUGUGACUGCAGGGGCUGCCCCGACGAGGCCCAGUGCGGUUACCACGGGGCCUCACCCACCCUGGGCGCCCCCUUCGCCUGCGACUUCGAGCAGGACUCCUGUGGCUGGCGGGACAUAAGCACCUCGGGCUACAGCUGGCUCCGAGACCGGGCAGGGGCCGCGCCAGAGGGUCCAGGGCCGCGCUCGGACCACACUCUGGGCACUGACCUCGGCUGGUACGCGGCUGCUGGCACACACCGUGGGAGAGAGGCGGCCACCGCAGCCCUGCGCUCCCCAACCCUGCGUGAGGCAGCCCCCUCCUGUGAGCUGAGCCUCUGGUACCACGUGGCCUCUGGAGGUGUGGCCGAGCUGCGGCUGGAGCUGACCCACGGUGUGGAGACACUGACCCUGUGGCGGAGCUCGGGGCCCUGGGUCCCAGGCUGGCAGGAGCUGGUGGUGCCCACCGGCCGCAUCCGGGGUGACUUCAGGGUGACCUUCUCUGCCACCCGAAACGCCACCCGCAGGGGUGCUGUGGCCUUGGACGACGUGGCCUUCUGGAGCUGUGGGUUGCCCACCCCGCAGGCGCACUGCCCCCUUGGGCAUCACCAUUGCCAGAACAAGGCCUGCGUGGAGCCCCACCAGCUGUGCGACGGGGAGGACAACUGCGGCGAUGGUUCAGAUGAGGACACGCCCACCUGCAACCACCACACGGCCACCGAUUUUGAGAGGGGCCUGGGCCUGUGGAACCACUCAGAGGGCUGGGCCUGGAACCACAGCGCGGGCGGCCCGCAGCACCCCGCCUGGCCGCACCGUGACCACAGCCGGAACAGCGCGCAGGGCUCCUUCCUGGUGUCCGUGGCAGAGCCCAGCGCCACAGCCAUCCUCUCCAGCCCCGAGUUCCAGGCCUCGGCCCCGCAGAAGUGCUCGCUCACCUUCUAUCACUACCUGCACGGGUCCGAGGCCGGCUGCCUCCAGGUGUUCCUGCAGACGCGGAGCGCUGGCGCCCCCCAGGCCGCUGUCCUGCUGCGCAGGCGCCACGGGGAACUGGGGGCCGCCUGGGUCCGAGACCGCGUUGACAUCCAGAGCAAGCACCCCUUUCGGAUCCUCCUGGCCGGGCAGACGGGCCCGGGGGGCGUCGUGGGCCUGGAUGACCUCAUCCUGUCUGACCACUGCAAACCAGUCCCAGAGGUGGCUGGCCCACCUCCUGGACUCUGGGCUCCAGGUCCCCGGUCCCAGCUGUCCAGCCUGCAGCCCUGGAAUUUCUGCAAGCCUGGACAUCUCUUGUGUGGGGACCUGUGUGUCCCCCCAGAGCAGCUGUGUGACUUCCAGCAGCAGUGCCCUGGGGGCGAGGACGAGCAGGAAUGCGGUAAGAGGCGGAGCUGGGUGUGGGGAGCCCUCACCUCCCUUCCCCCAGACCAGCCCCGCUCGCAGUGGUGGGCGGGACCGUUCACACCGGCUGCCAUUGCAGGCACCACGGACUUCGAGUCCCCCUCGGCCGGGGGCUGGGAGGAUGCCAGUGUGGGGCGGCUGCAGUGGGUGCGUCUCCCGGUCCAGGACAGCAGGAGCCCUGGCAUGGACGCCAGCGGGGCCGCUGGGCACUUCCUGUCCGUGCAGAGGGCCUGGGGGCAGCUGGCAGAGCAGGCCCGCGUCCUCACACCCACCCUGGGCCCCUCUGGCCCCCGCUGUGAACUCCACAUGGCUUACUAUUUUCAGAGUCACCCCCAAGAGAUCUCCUGUAACUUUGAGCGGGGCACCUGCGGCUGGCACACUGGCCACCUCACCGAUGCCCACUGGCACCGAGUCGAGAGCCGUGGCCCUGGGUACGACCACACCACAGGCCAAGGCCACUUCAUGCUCCUAGACCCCACGGAACCCCCAGCCCAGGGCCCCGGUGCUCACCUGCUCACCUGGCCCCAGUCACCCGCGGCCGCUCAGGAGUGCCUCUCCUUCUGGUACCACCUCUAUGGGCCCCAGAUCGGGACUCUGCGCCUGGCAAUGAGGCGAGAAGGGGAGAGAGAAAGGCACCUGUGGUCGCGGUCUGGCACCCACGGCAACCGCUGGCAUGAGGCCUGGGCCACCCUCCACCACCCGCAUGACUCCAGCGCCAAGUACCAACUGCUGUUCGAGGGCCUCCGGGACGGGUACCACGGCACCAUGGCGCUGGACGACGUGACUGUGCGGCCCGGGCCCUGCUGGGCCCCCAAGCGCUGCUCCUUCGAGGACUCGGCCUGCGGCUUCUCCACGGGGGGCCGGGGCCUCUGGACACGCCAGACCAAUGCCACGGGCCAGGCGGCCCUGGGCCCCCCUGCAGACCACACCACAGAGACGGCUCAGGGGCACUACAUGGUGGUGGACAUGAGCCCGCAGGCCCUGCCCCGUGGCCACGUGGCUUCCCUGAUUUCAGAGGAGCACAGGCCCCUGGCCCAGGCCGCCUGCCUGACCUUCUGGUACCACCUGAGCCUCCGCAACCCAGGCACGCUGAGGGUCCACGUGGAGGAGGCUGAGAGGAGGCAGGUGCUCAGCAUCGGCACCGAUGGAGGGUUUGCCUGGCGCCUGGGUAGCGUGGACUUGCAGGCCGAGCGAGCCUGGAGGGUGGUGGUUGAGGCCGUGGCCGCCGGCGUGGAGCGCUCCUACAUCGCGCUGGACGACCUGCUCCUCCAGGACGGGCCCUGCCCUCGGCCAGCUUCCUGUGACUUUGAGGCUGGUCUGUGUGGCUGGAACCAUCUGCCCUGGCCUGGCCUGGGCGGGUACAGCUGGGACUGGAGCAGUGGAGCCACGCCCUCCCGCUACCCCCAGCCGCCUGUGGACCACACCCUGGGCACAGAGGCAGGCCACUUUGCUCUCUUCGAAACGGGCGUGCUGGGCCCGGGGGGCCGAGCGGCCUGGCUGCGCAGCCAGCCACUGCCCGCCACCGAGGCCUCCUGCCUCCGCUUCUGGUACCACAUGGGCUUUCCUGAGCAUUUCUGUGAGUCGGGCCGGCAGCGAGCGUGGUGGGGGCACCGGGCACGGGGGCAGCCCCGCCUCCCGCCGGGUCGGGGGUCUGACACCCCUGGUCCCCUGCUCUCAGACAAGGGUGAGCUGAGGGUGCUCCUGAGCAGCGCCCGGGGUCAGCUGGCCGUGUGGGGCGCGGGCGGGCGCCUGCGGCACCAGUGGCUGGAAGGCCAGGUGGAAGUGGCCAGCGCCGAGGAGUUCCAGGUGAGGCCGGACCGCCCAGAGCCGGGGGACCUCAGGGGGCUCAGGAGCUCAGGAGGGGCCAUCCUCCUCCUCGGGCCCACCCAGCCUCUUCUCCCUCCCGGUCAGAUCGUGUUUGAAGCCACUCUGGGCGGCCAGCCAGCCCUGGGGCCCAUUGCCCUGGAUGACGUUGAGUACCUGGCCGGACAACGUUGCCAGCUGCCUACACCCAGCCAGGGAGACACAGCAGUGGCCACGUCGGUGCCAGCGGUGGUUGGUGGCACCCUCCUCCUCCUCAUGCUGCUGGUGUUGCUUGGACUUGCGGGACGGCGCUGGCUGCAGAACAGGGGGGGCUGCCCCUUCUGGGGGGAGACGGACACCGCGGCCCCCAGCUUUGACAACAUUCUCUUCAACGCGGUAGGAGCCCUGGGGGGGGUGGCGGGCAGGAGCCCCCGAGCCCUGCACUCGGCUGGACAGUGAACAGGACCCUCCCACACACGGGGCCACCACUGCCCGGUGGCCACAGAUCUCCUCCUUCCUCCUAGGGCCAUGUCACCCUGCCAGCAUCGGUCACCAAUGACCAGUAGAUGACGCAGAGAAGACCCCGUGGCCCAGGGACCAACACCUUCCCCACCCCCCAGGACGCGUCGAGCCCCUGCAUCCCUCACCCUCACAGGGGCCGCAGCUACAUACCCCAGCAAUAAGUGGCCCGACCCACAAGGGACCCCCCGCUGGCCAGCCAAGGUUGAGGCCAGCAGGAAGCGGGGGCUCCCCAGGCUCCCCAGACCCAACCCGACCUGCCCAAGAGGAUGUGCCUGGGGGCCCCUCCCACGUGCCUCAGUGGCUCAGGAGACUGGAAACAGGCAGGCCCCGGAGACGGCGCCAGGGGCUAGAGGCACCAGGAGGGAGGCGCAGCGGGACCUGAGAAGCCCCUGCCCCAGGCCGAGCGAGCCUCCGGCCAGCCUAGUGGGACUCCGACCCAGGCCCAUCAGGGGCCCCACCUCACCGGGCGAUUCUGCAUCUGAUUUAAGACAGAGAGAAAUCCCCAGAGCUGGCGGUGACAGACUUAGGAGCAGACACUUAACUGGGUCCAAGGUGGCAUGGAGCUGGACUUGUAGGAGGAAUGCCCUGAUGUGUCCCCUGUCCCAAAUAAAGGUCGCCGUGUCCACCCUC